AUGCCUCCGAAAGCACCAUUUAGUCCUCCUCGACCCUGUCCUCCCGGCACAUUCAUGAGCAAAGUUCCACCAAUUAGGUGUGAACCAUGUCCAGCUGAUACAUUUUCGGAUCAAGAUACAGAGCCUACAGAUUGCCUUCCUUGUAGUGCUAUGCGUAGUACUACUCAUGGUUCGGCAAUGUCGUCAUCUUUACAUUGUACUAACCCUCUCCUCGAUCAAGAACGGGAACGGCUUGUACGUAAAUUCGCGAGUCGAAGUCCUCCAGACAUGUUACUUCUCUACCCACCAAUUGAAGAUUUUGAUUUGUUUGGCAACGGUAGCAUUUUGAAUGAGACAGAAUUGAUGGACUACCUAUCGCCCGAUCCAUUCUUGUUGGACCAACAGAGAGUAGCUGUAGACUUAUUCAAGGCAAUAACACAAUUGACAUUUUCAGAUAGAGAGAUUUUCGGGAUGAUUUUGAUUGCCAUUGCUCUAGCAGUCAUAAUAGCACUAUUGGUGUUUAUGGUCGCCAUUACAGGUCACCGAACAUCAUACAGAGAACAUCAAGAGUCCCUAUUCAUUCGAGCUGAAAAAUGGAUAAUACACCGCUUACAUAAACUCUGGCUUAGAUUUCGUCGGUUUUUCACUAAAUUGUUCCAUCGUCGCCGCGACAAUCGUCCGUCAUGGAUAAGACGAAAGAGUAUGGCGUUGAAAUCAGGAAAUAUAUAUAAAAUUCAAGCAGCGCAAGCAGGGGAAAACGAGGCUAAUUACUAUUAUCAGAUGCGCAUAAAGUUGAAAAACAUAAUGCUUGCCGAUCCGAAUUUCGUGGAGCGGACUGAAGGAGAAAAGAAUAUGAAUACUCGGCAAUCUAUUUAUGCUGAGUUCAAGGGGGGUGUUCCUGAUAUUCCAGAUUACACUCCAAUUCACAAGAUGAAAUCGUCAUUAAGAAAGUAG